AUAUGAUUAUCCAGAUGUUGAAGUUACAUUUCUGCUAGUGAGUUUUAACGUAGACAUUUUAGAAGUUAUACAACUUUAUUUGAUUCAAUGGAGCACUGUAGAAUGGAAGGAAGUUACGAAAUGUUUGGAGUAAUACCGAUCACUAACGUCCCCUUUGGAAGCCCGUUAACAAGCUCUCAAUCCGCUUCUCGAGGCCUGUCUGAAGUGGAUAGGUUACCAGCACGUUGGUCUUCAGUGCACGAAUACAGUUACUGUUCGUCACAUAAUCGCCCGAGCGUUAUGGCAAGGAGAAACGAACGCGAGCGAAACCGCGUGCGCCUCGUGAACCGAGGAUUUGCAACGCUACGCCAGCACGUGCCCGGUGGCGCUACAAAGAAGAAAAUGAGUAAAGUGGAAACGCUACGCUCGGCGGUAGAGUACAUUAAACGACUACAACAACUUCUCACGGAAGACGACGAGAAUCGCACUUCUCCAAAUAUUAAACACGAAACAGAGACUAUAUCCGUGUUUCAUGGCUACCACGAAAUGCAGUCUCCGGCACCUAGCAACGUGAGUUCAUUCUUUCCGUCCUCAUCGACGUCAUCACCCACUUCUGACGGAAUGAUUGUUCCCUCUAAAGCAGAAAGUUCCUUGAUAAGAUCCCCCGUCUCUGAUUUGUCUUCUCCACGAACUCUAACAGACUAUGUAAACUUAGAUGGGGAUGAACUAUUGGACAUGGCAUGGUUAUAG